CAGAUUCUUCGUCAUAUAGGAACAACUGGGUCCAACGCUCCUGACUGUAUGAUCAAGGUACUUCUCAAGGAUGCCCGUCAGUCAAUUGCUCAGAAAGACUUUGAAUCUGCUGUCAACUUCGCAAAAAAGGCUCUAGACCAAGAUAAUCAGUCUCUUCAUGCCUAUGUCUUUCUCGGCCUGGCCUCCACGAAUCUCAAGCAAUUCGACGAAGCGAGAAACGCGUAUGCUAAAGCAAUUGACCUUGAUCCUGACAAUUUGCUUGCUUGGCAAGGCUACCUGACUCUGUACGAAAAUACACUUGAACUUAGCAAAUACCUGGAUGCAUCGAGCAAAGUCGCACAACUUUUUCUUGCCGCAGAUGAGUCUGACAAAGCACUCAAGGUACUUCUCAAAGCAGUCUCUCUCACUCGCGAGAAGGGCUCUACAUCGGAAGUUGCACAGGCGUUGAAACUCAUUCUGCCGAUAUCACCAUUCUUUGCAAGGUUCCAAGACCACUUCCCGAAUGCUUCUGAAACAUAUCAGGAAUUGAGCAACAUCGUUGAAGAAGAUGAAAAGAAGAACAUAUCCGCAGCUAUCGCUAAGGGCCGCUCGCGCCUGGGAGUCAGACUGGCCGACCUCACUCGUCAGGUGAAGACGGAUGUCUACUCCAAAUCCGAGCUGGAGGGCAUCUAUACAGAAAUCAUAAAUUGGACUCACGAUGAUGCAGUAAGACGAGAGACUGAGAGUAAGCUCUUGCGUCGCAGUGUCGACAUGCUAUCCUGUGUGACAGACACAGCAGCACAAGUCGCCAAAGUCCGGCAUCUGGCACAAGACAUGACCGUCAUCAACGUCAAGGACGAUCUCGCAUGGAACAUUGCACUGAAUUGGCAUGAUAUGACUCCAGACACUUUGCCCCUGGACAAGCUCAUGGCAUACUUGAGGUUAUACCCAGAGAGGAGCUCAUCAGUGGCUUUGCUGGCUUACCUGAGGUCUCAGUUCUCGGGUCAAGCAGAGAACGUGACACGGUUCCUGGGAGAUGAAGACAAGUCAGAGACCAUGGGCGCAGAAGAGAUUGCGCUUGCUUUGACCAAUGCCUGUGAUGACGAAGGCGAGGCAAUCCCGCUUGUGUCAGUCGCAGCGACCAUCAAAAUGCUUGCGCAGCUGAAGGAUUGGGAGAAUGUCGUUGCUUGGAGCGAGACAUACACGCAAAGGCUUGCUAAGCUAGAAAGCCAGACCGAAAUGCCAUUUGCAGCGUCACGCUGUUUCCAUUCCGUGAUGCUUGCGACGGCACUCACCUACUAUAAGCGUCCUCGAUUUCAGGAAGAGGCGCUUGCUCUCCUUGAGUCUGCUCUGAGUAUGCGCCCAGACGAGGCCACACAAUUACAGAUCAAGAUUGCCAAAGCCAGAAUUCUUCGCAUGAUGCAAAAGCCUUCUGAAGCUUCUUUAUUGUUGGAAGGUCUCGAUAUCUGGGAUGCGAAGGUGGAGCUAGCCACUUGUCAAGUCAUGCUGAAUAAACCUGAACGAGCGCUGACUAUCAUCGAAGAAUUGGAAAGCCCUGAAUACGACAAUAUUUCGCGCGAGUCGCUGGCCAUGGUCUACCAUCAAAAGGGUCUGGCACAGCGGACCCAAGGCACCGGCAGAAGCGAGUACUUUGCAUCUUUCAUUCAAGCCUUGAGGUACGACUCUCGGAGUGCUCCAAGCUAUACCGUCCUUGGCCAGAUAUACAAGUACGAAAUCAAAGACUUGCGACGCGCCGAGAAGUGCUUCCACGAGGCCUUCGAGAUAAGCAGCGCAGAGAUCGAAGCUGCUCGUGAACUUGCAUCGGGAUACGCUGAAGCAGAGGAGUGGGACUUGGUCGAGAUCAUCCUGCAGCGUGUCAUCCAAGGCAACGAGCGCCUGCGAGAGUCAUGGUGUUAUCGAGCAUUAGGUUUCGUGCACCUUAACUACGAGCGUCACUCAGAUGCAGUAGCCGCGUUCCAGGCUUCCGUGCGACUAGCGAGUCGGGAUACACAGGCUUGGACUGGUCUCGGUGAGGCAUAUCUUGCACUGGGCCGCUAUCAAGCUGCCGAAAAGUCGUUCCUGCGCGCUGCAGAUAUCAAUGCAGAUGAUUGGCACCCAAAAUAUCUGCUUGCCGUUGUGCAGCUGGCGUUGAAGGAAUUCGACGGUUGUUGCCAGAUUAUGUCUUCACUCACGACUGACCAUGCUAGGCCGGUGUUUGAUACCUUCUUGUGUACUGCUCUUCUAGGCUGGGCAGAAUCGCUCCUCGGAGAUGGCUGGCUCACCCAAGCCGUCGAGAAAUUGGACAGCUGCUUACACCUGGCCGCCAAGUCUCUUCAAAAGCAGCCUUCUUUUGCUCUUGCGAGUGUCUUUGCUGAUGCAGCGUUGCGCUUAGCCGAGUGUGUCGAACGCGCAACGGCCUUGGGCUUGACCAUCAAGAGAGUUGAGAAUUUGGAGACAGCAGCUCGGUCGCUGGGCAGUGAUGACAUGGUACCCGCGGAGACACCUCUAACCGUGACGGGGCGAUUGUGUUGCUUGGCUAUACGAGGUUUCUAUUAUAGCCUCCGAGAUGUGGAACUCUCGGACAGUCAAAAGGCGACACUCUGGUGCAAAAUUGGCCGAGCAUAUCGCGCUGUCCACAAAGAUAAUAUCAGGUCUAGCUGGUACGCACAAGGUGUUCAAGCACUGAAAUGUGCCGUCGCUCUUGAGCCUAAUUUGGACACCUUCUGGUCUGCGCUUGGCGUAACGUUGAUGGAGCAUGAGCCAAGGCUUGCUCAUCACAGCUUAAUCAAGGCAACUGAGCUUGCACCAAAGUCUGCCAUCAACUUUGCCAAUCUCGGACACUUUUACCUGCAAAGAUCUCUGGUUGAUGAAGCAAGCGCGGCAUUCUCUAUUGCACAGACUCUGGAUGCUUCUAUUGCACUUCCGUGGUAUGGACAAGGGCGGCUAGCCGAGUUGCUUGGAGGUCAAGAUGCCGCAGAUCUCUAUGCUCACGCGUCAACACUUAUUCCGCAAGCCAAUAAGGCAGUCGACAUGGGCUUCACAGCCUCUACUCUCAAGAUCAAAGGUACCGGUCGUUCUCAAGCCAAUUUCUUCAAGGCUGCAUGGCAUGCUCGGCGGUUAGCGCAGAUUGAUGAUGACGCGACUGUUCUGUACAACUGUGCACUUUUUGAGGAAAGGACAUCUGAACAACCAACGCAAGAACAGUUGAAGACUGCCAGUUCUCUGGUCGACAGAAUGGAGGCACUCUACGAGACUGAAGAAUCUGACUUGGCUUUACAGCAUUACUGCGACGCCAAGGCACUCUUGGGACGGUUGCAACUCCGGUUGAAUAUGCUCGAGGAUGCAAUCGAAACCUGUGAAAUGGUUAUCGAACUGGACCCCAGCAAUGCGCAGAGCAGCCUCCUGUCGUGUCAACUCGUUACGGCUAUAUGUCAGGCCAGAUUAGGCCACGCAGGAGAAUCGUGCCCCAUCAUCGAGGAGCUUUUACAGCAGGAAGUUCCCGAUGAAGUCUUCAUUCUCCUGGUACAAGCUUUGUGGCGUUCGUCUGACCUUGAGUCUCGAAGAACUGCCGCCAAGUAUCUACAAGCCCGUCAAGGUUCGCAGACUUCUCAAAUGAUGCUACUGGCCAUGUCGGCCCAGAGCAAUGCUUCAGAGCUUCAGAUUGCUCGCCCGUCAAUUUUGAGACUUCCCGAUAGUGCUCUUUGCACUGAUGGGCCUGAGGUCGAUACGCUACAGCUUCUUGAGUUGGCUUUGGCGCAACAUUCUCGGGGCAGUGUCGACGCGGUACUUAAGGCGCAGGCGUCUCAGCAGCCUUGGCAUGCUAUGACUUGGCUUCGGUUGCAGUCUGUACUAGAGUCGGCCGGCGUCCAGACGGAUCUAAGAGAGAGAGCUUUGCAAAGUGCCAGAGGUGAAGGAGCCUUGGAAGAGGCCAGGGCUGCACCUUACAGUGGCGACCGAGCUACUAUCGUCCGCGCUUUACAUUUAAAUCCUGCAUAGCACAAUCUCGCUGCCUGAUUCCAU